AUGGCAGGAAUCAUGAACAAGAUUGGUGAUGCUCUUCAUAUAGGAGGAGACAAGAAAGAAGGGGAGCAACAUAAAGGAGAGGGUCAUCAUGUGGAACAACAUAAAGGAGAGGGUCAUGGACAUGGACAUGGACAUGGUGCUGAGUACAAAGGAGAAGAGCAUGGUUUUGGCCAUGGAGAGCACAAACCAGGUCAAUACCAAGGAGGAGAACACAAGGAAGGAAUUACUGACAAGAUCAAGGACAAGAUCCAUGGUGGAGGUGAAAAGAAAAAGAAGGAGAGGAAGAAACGUGAAGAUGGUCACGAACAUGGCCAUGAUAGCAGCAGCAGUGAUAGUGAUUAG